GCCUGCGGGCCCAGGGCCGCCGGGCCCGGCACGGGGCCGCCUGCGCUCCUCCCCCUCCUCCUGCGCCGCCGCCGCCUCCCCCGCCCCGCGCGGCCGCGCCAGGGAGGGGCCCAGGAAGGCGGAGCCAGCGGCGGCUGAGGCUCGGGGUGUCCGCGCCGCUCCCGGUCACGGAGCCUGGAUCCCCGCGCGACGAGGUCCCUUCUGAGAGCGAGCUGGAGUCUGCGCUCGGCCGCCGCGGGGGAGCGGGGGGCUCGCAGCCGCACGCAGCCGGAGGACAGACUGGCAGGUGUGUCAUCUCUGUUGCCGCCAGCCCCUCCCCCACCCCGUCCUCCGUGCUGGGAGAGCUGCGGAGCUGACCGGCCCAGGCAUGCCAGUGCUAUCGGAGGACUCCGGUUUGCACGAAACCCUGGCACUGCUGACGUCUCAGCUCAGACCCGACUCCAACCAGCAGGAGGAGAUGGGCUUCCUGCGGGAUGUGUUCAGCGAGAAGAGCCUGGGGUACUUGAUGAAGAUCCAUGAGAAGCUUCGCUACUAUGAGAGGCAGAGCCCAACGCCAGUCCUGCACAGCGCUGUGGCCCUGGCUGAGGACGUGAUGGAGGAGCUGCAGGCCGCCUCUGUGCACAGCGAUGAGAGGGAGCUGCUGCAGCUGCUGUCCACCCCCCACCUCAGGGCCGUGCUCAUGGUCCAUGACACCGUGGCCCAGAAGAACUUCGACCCUGUCCUGCCGCCUCUGCCCGAGAGCAUGGACGAGGAGUUUGAGGAGGAGUCCGUGAAGAUCGUGCGCCUGGUGAAGAACAAAGAGCCCCUGGGUGCCACCAUCCGGCGGGACGAGCACUCGGGGGCUGUUGUGGUGGCCAGGAUCAUGCGAGGGGGCGCAGCCGACCGGAGCGGCUUGGUGCACGUUGGAGACGAGCUCCGGGAAGUGAACGGGAUCGCCGUCCUGCACAAGAGGCCGGACGAGAUCAGCCAGAUCCUGGCCCAGUCCCAGGGAUCCAUCACCCUCAAAAUCAUCCCAGCCACGCAGGAGGAGGAUCGCUUCAAGGAGAGCAAGGUGUUCAUGCGGGCCCUCUUCCACUACAACCCUCGGGAGGACCGGGCCAUCCCGUGCCAGGAGGCAGGCCUGCCCUUCCAGCGCAGGCAGGUCCUGGAGGUGGUGAGCCAGGACGACCCCACGUGGUGGCAGGCCAAGCGUGUCGGGGACGCCAACCUUCGAGCCGGCCUCAUCCCCUCCAAGCAGUUCCAGGAGAGACGACUGAGCUACCGGAGGGCCGCGGGCACCCUGCCGAGCCCCCAGAGCCUCAAGAAGCCCCCCUAUGACCAGCCUUGUGACAAAGAGACCUGCGACUGUGAGGGCUAUCUCAGAGGACACUACGUGGCUGGUCUUCGGAGGAGUUUCCGCCUUGGCUGCCGGGAGAGGCUGGGGGGCUCCCAGGAGGGGAAGACGUCCGUGGGAGCCGAGUCUCCGGAGCUGCUGACCUAUGAGGAGGUGACCAGGUACCAGCAGCAGCCCGGGGAGCGGCCCCGCCUGGUGGUCCUGAUCGGGUCUCUGGGAGCCCGAUUGCAUGAGCUGAAGCAAAAGGUGGUGGCCGAGGACCCACAGCACUUCGGUGUUGCUGUUCCACACACCACGCGGCCCCGGGAGAGCCACGAGAAGGAAGGGGUGGAAUAUCACUUUGUCUCGAGGCAAGCGUUCGAAGCCGACAUACAGCACAACAAGUUCCUGGAGCACGGGGAAUACCAAGAUAACCUCUACGGAACCAGCCUGGAGGCCAUUCAGGCUGUUAUGGCCAAAAACAAAGUUUGUUUGGUGGAUGUGGAACCGGAAGCACUGAAGCAAGUGAGGACCUCGGAGUUCAAACCCUAUGUCAUCUUCGUGAAGCCUGCUGUUCAGGAACAAAGGAAGUCGCCCCCGGUGUCUCCGGCCUGUGAGGGCACAGCGGCCCCUCUCGCUGCUUGUCGGGCUGCAGCUCUGUCCAGUGGACUUUGUAGACUUUGUUUGGAAGGAAGAAGCAGUCGCUGCCAGGACGAACAGCAGCAGGAGAUGGCUGCGUCUGCCGCCUUCGUGGACCAGCACUAUGGCCACCUGGUGGACGCCGUGCUGCUGAGGGAGGACCUGCAGGCUGCCUGCAGCCAGCUGCGCGGGCUCGUGGAGGCGCUACGCAAGGACGCUCACUGGGUGCCUGUUGGUUGGGUCAGGUAACUUCCUCCCAGGCAUCAGGUGGCUGGAGGGGCCUUGAGGACUGUCCAGCCCGGCCUUGCUCCUCUGCCCCGCCCCCACGCUGUCAUCGAGAAGCCCAGAAGUGGGAGAUCCUGUUGGAUCCUGGGUUUUGUCGGCUGUUUCCCGUUGGCGCCCUUUGGAUCCGUGAGUUGAAGGGGACAUAUCACCUUUCCUUUGUCAAAGUGUCGCAGGCCGGAGGCCCUGAUUCUUUGUACCAAAGUUAAGCAGCCUCUGCGUUUCGGGGUGGCAGCGGCGCAGGCGAUGGGCAGGGCGCGGCCGCCGUGAGAGCCCAGGGAUGCUUCCUUUUUUUAGCUUUAUCGGAAAUGAAAUGGUUUGAGCCGAGGGACCGAGCAGCUGGCACGGCUGCGUGUCCAAGCACUCGUAACCUUUUCUGGAUAAGUGCUUGCCUGGAAACAGACGGCGUGGUUCUGCCUUUUUAAACAGUGGGCGGACGUGGACUUCUGGGUGACAGAGGCACACCUCACCGUCCCCGCGAAGGCCUGGCCCGCCCCGCGUCGCAGCUGUGCCUUCGGGGACGCUGGGGGGCUCCGGGCCGCUGGUCCCGUCUCAACACCCUCGGACUUCUAAAGUCAAGCCCUGGCUUUGGUUUGUUCUGUUCCUGACAAUGGCCUUGGUUCUAGCCCGUCCCCACUUGAGAUUCCUGGCGCUCCUGUUGUGCUAGGUCAUGGGAAACCAGGUGACUCCUUGCCAAAACUGUAGGUCCUGAUGUCAUUUCCAUCAAAAUAAAAGUCUGUAGACUCAGA